CAACGAGCAAGGAAUCAAACAAAGACUUGCAGCAACAACAAUUUUAACUUUUUUCCCACUAAUCAGCUUUUCACGUUUGUGCCACUUCUCCUAUUUCCAAUUAUUUUAUACAUCAAACACAUUAUUAUAAACUUUAUAUUAUAUACUUAUACACAUUACCCUUUCCCUUCACCAUUUUCCUUCAAAGCUCAUUCAAAACAUCAAAAAGCUUAAGGUUCGUGUACCUUAAUUAACUACCAAUAAGUGAUAAACAAAAUGGCCACAGCAGAGAAUGAAUAUACUCUUGAUACAGUGAGGGAGACUUUGGUUAGACAAGAAGAUACAAUUGUUUUUGGUCUUAUUGAGAGAUCAAAGUUUCCUUUUAAUUCUCAAACUUAUGAUCAGAAUUAUCUUCAAAUCCCUGGUUUUUGUGGCUCAUUGGUUGAGUUUGUUUUCACCAAUACUGAGAUUGUUCAAGCUAAGGCUGGAAGAUACAAAAACCCUGAAGAGAAUCCCUUCUUUCCAGAAAAUUUAUCAUUGUCACUUGUUCCAUCUUACCCCUUCACAAAGUUUUUGCAUCCUGGAGCCGCUUCGAUUAACAUAAACAAGUCCUUAUGGAAAAUGUACUUUCAUGACCUGCUUCCAUUGUUCGUUGCUUCCGGUGAUGAUGGCAACUAUGCACAAACUGCAGCUAGCGACCUCUCAUUGUUGCAGGCCAUUUCUAAAAGAGUUCAUUAUGGAAAGUUUGUAGCUGAAGUGAAAUUCAGGGAAUCUCCUCAAGACUAUGAGCCUUUAAUUCGGUCUAAGGACAAAGAAGGGUUGAUGAAAUUGUUGACAUUUAAGAGUGUUGAAGAGAUGGUAAAGAAAAGGGUUGAAAAGAAGGCAACAUUGUUUGGGCAGGAUAUAAGCCUUAACAGCAGUGAUGACAGUAAAGGUAAACAAAAGUUUGAUCCAUCAGUGGCUUCUAAGUUGUAUGAGAAAUGGGUAAUACCUCUUACUAAGGAGGUUCAGGUUGAGUACCUACUGCGCCGGUUGGAUUGAAACCAUUAUUAUUUCAAUGUAAUUUCAAGAAAGGAACAUAUAAGAUCAUUGUUCAAAAGCUUAAGUUUAUUUAUGUGAUUCUUCCUUGCCAAUUUAUUGUGACUUAUGUGAUUCAGAAAAUAAUAUGAAUUUUAUAGAGAGGGUGGGAGAGGAGGAAUUUCAAUGAAAGGGAAUGUUAACUUAUAUUUGAAUCAUUUGUAAAUUUUAUGUGACAUUUAACAUAUGAUUAUUGGGGGCAAAUAUCCAUUGGAAAAAGGGAUUAAGAUAA